AUAAAUUUUCAAACUCAAAUCUAAAGAAUCUUUAAAAUGCGAUUAGUUGCAUAAAGUGUAGUCUUGGUAAUAUCGACUCGAUUUCAUUUCUAAUCUUGUUCGACACUAUUCCGUAUAACAUUUAUUUUCGUUUUCUCUUAUUCCACAUAAUAGAUCGUUCGGAAGAUAUGUCCCUAUUUUUAGUGGUGGAGAUGAAAUCGAGCGUGAAAUGGUUACCACACGAAGCGGUUGUCUCGCGAACAAACGAAUACCGGAUCGCCGUUUGCCGCCGGGGCGUUUGCCGGAAAAUUGGCUGGCGCACCACUAUGCUCCAGCUUAAUAAUAACAAUGUAUUGAAUGUCUGCCCGUGAUAGGUAACUAUGUUAUACACUGUUCCGACAAGAGUGCGACAGAGAUCUAUUUUGUUGUUCACAUAACUUAAAUUGGAUUUCCAACACUAAAAAAUUGGUAACAUCUUGUAAGGCUUUUUUUGAAUGAGGAUGAGGUAUUUGUAUGAACCUAUUUAGGUACACUGAUACAAAAAGGACAUGUAAUAAACAACAUAUACUAAAUAUAUCACCUACUUUUUACAUCUGUUGCUACGAGAUCGUCUCUGCCUCCAAGAAAAGUCAACUUAGCCUUUAUAUGACUUAUCAGUUGACGUUUGAAUUUUGAUAAAUGUAUACUUUUACAUUUUUUAUCGAUUUUUAUAACUGUAAACUAACUUUUAGGAUUCACGAUUAAAUUUAAAUGUAUCACAAAUACGUCAAAAUUUUAACGUUUAGUAUUUUUAACGGUUAAUAGCGAAGUUUACAAAGAUGAGUGACGAUGAAACUGGCACUGAGGAAAUGCGUGAUGCUUUAAGUGCUAUCGCACAAGAAAUGCAGAAUUUUCACAGCGAACCCUUGUCUUCCAGUCCAACCAAAACAUGCGAAAGUGCAGAAAUGUUGGGUAAACUAAUAAAAUAUAAAAGUACACUAGGCUUGAGGAGAGUACAAGUAAAAAAAUUACGACAAAAUCUAAAAACUGCAUGCCAAGUUGCCAGAACGAUGUCCACAGCUAAGGCAUCAGAAACUGCAUCGCUCAACAGUCACUUAAAUUUUGCAAGAACUCAAUAUUUAGAUCUAUAUCAACAACAAAAUGAAAAGAUUGAACAAAUCAAUAAACUUACAGCAGAAAAUCAAACGCUUUGUGAUCAAUUGCAAUGUUUUAACAACAUAAUUCAACUUGGAUAUAAUGAGUUACAAAAAAUACGCAGUGAGCCCAAAGAAAACGUAUCCACACUUGAACAAUUAAAACAUAUAAUUGUUUGUUGUGGACAAUAUUACGCAGAUCACUGCAACGAACAGGAACGAUGUAAUCGUCUAGAACACAAGAAUCGAUUUCUUAACAACAGGAUUUUAAUCAUGGAAAACCACUUACAAGUAGCUUUGGAUGAACUUCGGAAUGUAAGGAUUACCUUAAAACACCAUAAUCACAAAAACGAAAUUGUCCCGAAAACAGGACAUUGUAUUGGUGUAGUAUGCUCUGAGUAUCACGCUGGCCCCAAUGAAACGAAUUACAGUAAUCUUACUAUGACAAAAAUUGAACUAAAUCAUCAAUCGCUACAAACAAAUAAUAUUAAUAUGACAGAUUUAGAUCUAACGACUCAUCUGAAAACAGUAAAAAAGCUUCUUCACGACCAAGAAAAUCUGAUAAGAGAUUUGAGGUGUAUUUCGAGUGUUCUAAUUACCGAAGAAUCUUUUUUUGAUUAAAAAAUUAUGAUUUUUGAGGCUAGAAUGUGGCUAGUGAAAUGUUGUGAGAAAGGAGUAAAUACAUUCAUUGAAACAAAAAUGUUUAAUUAACAGCUAAAUAAUAAUCAUGGUAAUAUAGUUAACGUA